CUAAACAUAAUUGCCAGCUGUUCGCCCGCGACAAUUCCAAUAAGUAAACAAAAUCCCAUGCUUCCUUUGGCUCGGUUUCUGACACCCUUGAAGUUCUACCCUUCGGCAGUCCUACUUUUACCCGUCGUUGCCGGCUUGAGUAGCAUGGCCAGCGAAGCUUUUGUCAACCUUCCUGAGGUCGACAUCGACCCUGACGGCAGGUUCAAAUACAUCCUGAUCAGGGCAACCGACGCCAAGACCAACGAGCAGAAGAUGAUCGUCCGCGGCUACAAAUGGGCCAAUUUUCACGCCGACAUCUUUGAAGACGUGGAGAAGAAAGUUCACGGCACCGGUGUCAAAGUUUGGUGUGUCGGCGGCGGCCGCAUUCUGCACACGUCGCAGCAGAAAAAACUCCAAGUUUUCGGCUACUCGCAGGGUUAUGGAAAAGCUGACCACUCCAUCAGCGUUGAUCUUUUGAAGAAAGUUUACCCUGACUACGAAAUCACCUGGAGUGAUGACGGAUAUUAAAUUAUUCAGUGACAACAAUUUUUCAUGUUCACUGUAAAAAAGAAGAUUUUUUUAAUAAAUUAUUUGCCAGAUUAUUAAAAUCAACCUCCAAGA